AUGGAUAGAAAAGAAAUUUCUAAAGCAGCAGAAGAUUCAGUAAAUCAACUGACAGAAAGAUUAGAUAAAAAUACUCAAGAAAGUAAAAUGUUAGAGCCUAUGGUUAGGCUUUUUGCUCCUUUAUAUGAGAGUACCAAUGAAAAACUUAUUGAAAAAACAGGAACAAUUUUAAAGAAUUUAGAUUCUGCUUAUCUAACUGACAAUAGUCCUAGAAUAGUCUCGGAGCUAAAAGAAAUUAAUGACAAAGGUACUUCUCUCUGGGAACAGUUUAAAUCAAUUUUUACAGGUAAAGAUUACUUGGAGGAAAAACUAGAACAAUCAGUAAAUAAAUAUGCAGCGUUAAGUGAUGAGUAUGUCAAAAAAGAAAUUAAUAAUAAAAUCUUUUCAAAUGCUUUAACAAACGAACAAAUUGCUGCCGGCUUAACAAAAUUAAUGAAUAAAACUGUUGAGCCGAAAGAAGUUAAUAAUCAUAAUCUUAAUUUAGUUGAAAUAAGAAAAGCAAAUCCUGAAAUAUUUGAUAAAUUAUUAUUUGCCAACCAAUCUCAAACAUCUUCAAAAGACAAACCUGCUAUUCAUCAAGAGAAUCAGAAAGUAAGAACAAGAGGACCUGGUCUUUAA